AUGAUUUUUCAAAGAAAUCUAUUGUUCAGUUCGAGACUAUCAAAUUUUUCAUCGUUGAUAGUUAAUCGAUGUAGCAUAUAUACCACCUCGCCAGCUUUGAAAGGAGGACUUCGUUCACUACAAAAAACAAAAAAGCAUAAGGCAGAAAAACAACGAAAAUUAGAAGAAUCAUCAAAAAAACCAGACCCAAUUGUAGGAAGACCCACACCCUUCACCCGAUCAUUACUUAAACCCGAUGAAAUUUUCAAAGUGGCAUCAGCAGCGUCGUCAACUACUACCACGGCGUUAAAUACUCCUUCUGGUUUUAAUAAUUUUUUACUCAAUAAAAAAGAUGAAAAAUUUUUAUUUGAGAUUACACCUAAAGCUGUUGCAGCAACUGAAACAACAACUGACAUUAAGAAUCCGCCCACGAUUUUAGAUUCUGCAAAUAAAAUUGAUGAUGAAAAUAGCAGUACUGAGACUUUAGAUGGAAAAUCUUUGGAGAUCAAAGUACGUGAAAAAACUGAGAUUGAAAAAGUUCAAGUGUUAAAAAAACUUGUAAGUUUACAAAAUUCAGAUGCCAAGGCUAUACAGUUGUAUAAUAUACAAAAGGCAAUAGAGGAAUUUGGCGGAAAUGAGAGAAAUACAGGAACACCAGAAGUUCAAGCCGCGGUAUAUACUGUUCGAAUUUUAAAUCUACAUGAUCACUUCAAGAAGUUUCAUAAAGAUCUUGAUAAUUAUCGUUCAUUAAGACAUUUAGUACAUAAAAGACAAAAGAUUUUAAAGUAUUUAAAAAGGGUAAAUUUAGAACGAUAUUAUAAAUGUCUCGAGAGAUUAGGAUUGGAUGCAAGUGUUAUCGAAGGAGAAAUUGUAAUAUAA